UAGAUGGGCGGCCUCCGCCGCACUCGUUAUCUCAUCGACCACGUGGCCGGGAAAUAGCAACUCCAUGGCUUCGUCAGCCUCCGUCGCCGCCGCCUCGCCGCCUCACCUCCGUCGCCGCCUCUGCCCCCUCGUCCCCCAAGCCCACCUCUCCCGGAGCCCUAAACCCAAUGCAUUCCUCCGCCGCCGCUCCUUCCUCCUCUCCUCCUCCUCCUCCGCCGCCGCCGCCGCCGCUGCCGCUGCAUCCCUCCUCCUCUUCCCCCAACCCGGCGCCGCCGACACCGACGCCCCUGCCCUCGCACCGGCCCCUUCCCCCGCCCAGCCGCAGUCCGGCAUCGUCACCGACCGCGUCUUCAUGGACUUCGGCCUCUGCCCGAGCUACCUCGCCUCUGAUCGCCCUCUCGGCUUCGACCUCGCCGCCUGCCCCGACUCGGAGCCCCUCGGCCGCGUUGUCUUCGGCCUCUACGGGAAGCUCCUCCCACAGACUGUCGCCAACUUCAAGGCCGUCUGCGCCGCCGUCGCGUACCGGGGGACCUUCGUCCACAAGAUUCUCCAGGGUCAAUUCUUCGUCGCCGGCCGCCAGGGGCGGAAGGAGAAGGGGGGGGUUCGGCCGCCACCGGGACUGGUGCGGAACGUGGAGACCGUCGAUCCCAAGGCGUUUCAGCUGAGGCACUCGAGGCCGGGAACUCUGUCUCUGUGCUUGUCGGAGAACGACGACGACGACGCCGUCAAACUUGAACCCGACUACCACAAUGUCGAGUUCUUGGUGACGACCGGGCCUGGACCAUGCCCGCAGCUCGACAACGAGAACAUUGUCUUUGGCACUGUGCUUGAAGGGAUGGAUGUCAUCACCAACAUAGCUACGAUCCCCACGUAUAAGCCAGCUGAAAGGAUUCGCCAAUUCAAUGAUUUUGCACAGUUCAUCGGUGAUGAGCGAGCUCAGAUAGCUCGCACAAUGUGGAAUCGGCCGCUAAAAACAGUGUACAUCAGUGACUGCGGAGAGCUGAAAGUGGCAACACCUUCACUUUCUCCCAGCUUACCUUAGAAAACUACUCUUAUAGAGGGACUUGAACUUGUGCCAUGAAAUAUACUUCCGUAUUUUUCUUUAGAAAACAAUAUAUCGAAUCUUACAUAGGAGUCAUUUAGUGGACACAGAUUUGUCUGCCAUCCGAGAUGGAUCAGAAGAAAUUAUAGAAUGUAUUAUUUGUUGAUAUACCAAAUCGAUUUUUCUUUCUUUUCUUUACAGUAAAACUAGCCAUUUAUCUCGA